UAAUUGCAAUUUAGAUAAUCAAAUAAAUUUAAUAUUUUAUUUGUAAAUCAAGUUUACACGAACUGACAAAGAAUUAUACUUGUUUUUAUAUUUUAAAAAUAACUAGUUAAAGUUAAAAAUUAACUUAUUUAAAAUUAAGUCAAGUUAAAAUCUAACUGUUAACUUUUGAAUUAGUUAUUAACCACAUUCCCCGCAUCUCGAUCUUAUUAUAAUUUUAUUUACUCUGCGUGGAUUUCUGCUACAGCCAUGUCCCUUCGCUAUUCAUCAUAUAAUCCGGUUACGUGAUAACAAUAAUAGCUAAUAACGAUAAAGGCCAACAAUAAACAUAGAUACGCAAGCGUAAGCAUUCGGUAACGCAAGCUGUAGCGAGUCCGCUAUCGAAUUAUCAUGUCGUCAGGGAAACCGCGGCGCCCGGGAGAGUGGGAGUGAAGGCAUCACGAGGACAUUCCUACGGUCUUGGCCGUUCAGGUUCACGUUCUCCGGACAGUGUCCAAAAAUGGAGAACGGCGGUAAGCCACGGCAGCGGCGGCUCUUCCCGUCGGGCUCCCCCCCGGGCUUGAUCGCCCGCUGGAAGAUGUGCCUCCCGGAAGACGCGCCUUCCCGUCCGACCGCGCGUUAAUUAACUGCACGUAAUGCAAAAGUGCACGUCGUUAUGUAAAAGCGAGACCGAUUGCGAGCGGCCAGACGACGGGGACCGGAGAGUGAAUAAUGGAAUCGCGCGAGCGUUGCGCUCGCUGUCGCGCUAAAUCGAUCGUCCGUAAGAGCGACGACCUCUGCGAACGUUGCCGAUCCGGGGGCGCCUUGGUAAAGCGGACGACCUUCCUUCCGGGAGGAGGACACUCGCCCGAAUGUCCUAAAUUCCGCUGGACCGUCGAGGACGAGGAACGGAGAAAUGAGAUCGCCGCCUGCGUUGACAAGUUCGCCCUGGCGAAGAGGUUGCACGCGGAGAACUUGCAGCACCAGCCACUUCCGGAUCGCGUGGACGACUCCGUCCUCAGGCUGGGGUGCCGCGUCUGUUCGGCCAGCUGCGAACGGGACGCGAAGUGGAACCAGGACCGGGGGAAUCGUCCGCGCGCGGCUACCGAGAGGGAUCGCUCGUUCGUACCCGCGCUCGGCUGCAAGAAACCGCAGACCCGGAUGGACCUGGCGAUCUGCUGGGAGACCCCGAUAGACCCGGUGUACGAGCCGCGCAGGGCGACGCACAUCGACGGCUCCGAGGGCGGCACGGCCCCGGCGAUCUUCGCCAUGAUCCAGCACACGCCGGUGCCGAGGAACCGCGAGCUCCUGUCCUCUCGCAGCGAGCGGAAGGACAAGUGCGGUUGUGCGAGCCAGGACGAGACGGGGAAGAACUCGGAGAGGAAUCGAUGCUGCUGCAACGAAUUCCGUGGCGAACGGCGAUGCGGGGAGAAGCCGUUGAGAUCGAACUCCGUGCCGCGCAUCACCGAACGCAGAUGCGUGGCCUGCCGGGAUGGAGAGAUCCCGGAAGCGGAACUCGAGCGAGGGAGGGAUCCGAGGCUGAUCCGCUCGGCGGUGGGCGUCGCGCUCGGUCUCGAGGAGAAGAAACGCUGGCCGACGACGGCGAUGGCGGGCGACGACGCCGUGGCGCGCCGGAACGGACUGCCGCCGAUGAAGAUGACGGUGCCGCGGCCGAAGACCCCGUUCGCGAGACGCGCCUUCUGCAUCGACACCCUGGCGCCGCCGUUCAGCGUGAUGAGCGGCUGCCGGGACGCCGAUUACCCCGAGCACUGGCGGCUCAUGUCCGUGUACCAGCAGUCGUACAGGCACCCGCAGAAACGAAGGCCCCGCCGCUUCUAAUCCGGGCAUAGGGGGUGAACCUGUUUUCUUGGUCAAAUUAAGUACAGAUUGAAAUUAAGUACAGUUUUCGAGCAGCAAACCUCCACCGAGGUCUGCCAUAAAGGAAAUUUUAAAGCAAACUGCCGGUAUUUUUUCUUUACUUUAAGAUGUUCUUUGAAUUUACGAAAUUGUGAAAUUCUUUUACACAAUUGAUUGGAAUACAAACAAAAAUAAAGGGUGAUUUCAUGCUAAUAACAAAAAAAAAAAUUAUCACAAUAAUAUGUGUUAAUUUUUGCAGUUCUAUAAAGUGAAGAAUUUCUUAAAAUGACAGAAUGUCUCGGUAAUUCGCUUUAGGAUUUCUUUAAGCGCUCCUUAGACGCUCAAUUAUUAUUGUAUAAUAUUAUUGAUUAUUUAGAGAGUUUUAGAGACUAUAUUAAGUUUGUUUCAAAUUGUAUAGAGAAAUAUUCCUGCGUCGAGCGAUUAUUGUUAAUUGUUGCUCCAUCGCGAGAAGAGUUUGACGAUAUUUCGUUGAAGUUUCGACCGUUAAAUAAAUAUAAUUCCGUAGCGUAAUAAAACGCCGUACAGUGGAAAAUUUCGGUGACUUUUUGGACAAAAAUCUUGUUAGAGCUCAAUUCUUCACGAAACUGAAUAAAUUAAAAAAAAAAUACUCCUAAAGACUUAUACUUUAGGAAGGAACAUCGGAAAUUUAGUUAAACCUACAUUAGAGAAAAAUAAUCAAAUGCAAGUAAACCUUUAAUUAAACCCUAAAUACUUAACCAUUUGAGAGGCACAUUUUUCUUCUAAAUAAAACAGUAAAAUCAUAGAUUAUUUAUAGAUUUUUGGAGUCGCUGAUUACGAUUCUGACGUCAAAAUUACAAAAUUCAAAAUUCAAAUAAAUAAUAAAUAGUCUUAUUUAAUAAAAUUUAAUUUUCCGAAAUUUCAAAAAUUUAUUUCGAAAAAACUAGCGUGCAGAAAAUUCUGAAAAAAAUACAUAUUAUAAUUUUAGAUUUAGAAUACACGUAUAAAAAUUUUUAGAGCUUUGGAAAUUCGCGUUUAAGAAUAGCCAAAUUUAUUCGUUUACUCGCAUUUGAUUAUUUUUCUUUAAUGUAGGAUUAACGAUAACUAAAUUUCCGCAGUUCCUACCUAAAAUAUAAGUUUUUACGAGUGUUUAAAAAAAAUUUUAUUUAGUUUCAUGAAGAAUUGAGCUCUAAUAAGAUUUUUGUCCAAAAAAAUCACCGAAAUUUCCCACUGGGCGCCGGUUACGAAUAAAC